CAUUUUUAAAGAGGCGCUCACAAUUAAAAAAAAUGAUGAUCCGUUUAGGGUGAACAAACAAAAUUGAGAAACAGGGAACGUAUUUUCUGCUGUCGUGAAAAAGAAUUAAAUGUUCUCCACAUUUACGGCUGACCCGGCCGGCCCAGCACGUUCCAGGACGCCGCUGUGAGCGUAUUUAGAUGGAGCGAAGGGCGGUGGCCGGUGAAUGAAUAAUCAAGGCUUCCAUGGGCGGCGCAGUCUCCGUAUUUACACUGGCUCGCUCCGCCCUACGCAGAGAUAGAAAACUGUCUGCGGGCCGGAGGGAUGGAACAAGUGGAAGGAAAUGUUGCCGACAGGCACACAUUAAUUACUCCGCCACACGCUCUGCAACUCGUCCGGCUGCGCUCCUUCCCCAUUGCGCUGUAGCGGCAGCAGCAGCAGCAUCCUCCUCUCUGCAGAGCAGGACGAGCGAUCAUCCGGGCUGCCUGCGUCGGAGCUUCAUGGCCGCAGCACUGACUAUGAGCGGCGCACAGCAGGACCCGUUCUACCCGCUGCAGAAAGCGGCGCUGUCCGCCGCCUUCUCUCUGGAGGACUCGGCGCUGUUCGGCCUGGACUGUAAAAUCUCAGAAGCGGACAAGGCAGGGCAUAAUGACUACACGCAGGUGAAGUGUGAGAUGGACAGGUAUCUCUCCCCUCCUGCCUUUCCACCCCAGUCAGCCAGCCAGCAGAAGUCGCAUAGAGACACCACGUCGGCGGUGGAGCAGUUCUUCAGCGGAGACCAUGCCGGGGCUCCCUACACCCUCAACAUGAACCUUUACCUCCCCGACGUGGCCUACCUGAGGAUGGGCUCGUGUGAGCAGGUCCGGGCCCCUCAGGCCCAGAACCGCGCCGGUCUGGCCCAAAUUAAAACGGAAGCUGCCUCGUCGUGUUUCGGCCCGCACCUACAGCCCCACUGCCCCGACGGUACGCCCACGAGCAGCUGCGGCACAUCCGGGCACGAGCCUAGCAACGCUGCCUUGGAAACCUCAGCCAUAAACAUGUCGCUAACAGGGUUACCGGACUUCACGAGUGUUUUCACCCAAUCGGGAGGAGAGGUGUUCAUCAAGCAGGAAAUGCCGUCGCAGUUCGAGCAGCAAGGCAUCCACCACGACGGCAGCGGCUCACUCUUCCAGCUCCUGAACGCCGGGUUGGAUCAUCACCACAUUGACGGCAUGGAGACUCAACAGCAGCAGAUGCAGCACAAUUCCAGUGUUCAUGCACCUUUCCAUGAUUUACCAGUAGCCUCGGCUUCUUCCCAGCAAGAGCAGGGCACCAAGGCGGCCUACCGCAGGGUGUACGCGCAUCCUAAUGCUCAGGUGCACUCCCAUUACUUGCAGCAGCAGGUGCCCUACCUGCCUCCCUCCCCGCCCAGCUCUGAGCCGGGCAGCCCCGACAGGCAGAAGGAGCUGCUCCACACUCUGUCCCCUCCUCCUUCGUACGCCGCCACCAUCGCCUCCAAGUUGGCAGGGUCCACGCUCGGACCCGGACCCGGACCCGCCGGCUUCGCCCUGCCCACUCCAGUCCAGGGCCCGUCUCCGGGCCUCCCCCAGGGCCCUGCAGCCCAGACCACGACGCAGAACUCCGGGACCGUCCGAUACAACCGGAGGAACAACCCGGACUUGGAGAAACGCCGGAUCCACCACUGUGAUUACCCAGGCUGCAAGAAGGUCUACACCAAGUCGUCCCAUCUGAAAGCCCACCUCAGGACUCACACGGGUGAGAAGCCGUACAGGUGCACGUGGGACAGCUGUGACUGGCGCUUCGCUCGUUCCGACGAGCUCACACGCCACUACCGGAAACACACUGGAGCCAAGCCCUUCCAGUGCACCGUCUGCUCCCGCUCCUUCUCCAGGUCCGACCACCUCGCGCUGCACAUGAAGAGGCACCAGAACUAGCCACGUUUUUGCACGCGUGCCACAGCCGUGCUGUGCUGAGCCCUCGUCCUGAAUCUCACGUAAAGCACUCGGCUUGUGUCCGAUAGCUACAGUGUUAAGCGGCUGCGCGAUGCCAAGCAGCUUUUACUGACAUCCCAGCUCCUCCCGGUGCUGCCAUCGAUCAAUACAAUUGUAUGAUAGCUAAGGAAGAAAACGGUGGCCAAGAAAAUGUUUGGUUUAACACCGUCACAAGGUAUGAUACAAAAAAAAUUCUUUGGACAAGAACAAAAAAAAAAAAAAAAAAAAAAAGCUCCAUAGCGUAAAGAAAAUGGUAGCUCCUUCACGUUUUCCGGUCCAUUUGGACUUUGUGUGACUGGAAAGAAAAAAACAUUGUCUGUCUUUGUUGUAAUGUAGAACUUCUUAAUUCAAGAACAUCUUUUGUUUACUCAUUGGUAUGUCUGUCUAAAUAGCUGGAAUAUCCAGAUUUUUAUUUUAUUUUAUUUUUUUAACCAAAUCCUUCGGUUUGCACUAGAACUGAUCGUGUAUCUCAUGCACCAACAAAACGUUCAUUAUCACAACUGGACAUGCCACGCCAGACACCGCUGUCCGGAUAUUAAAAAUUGAAAGCAUUUAUUCUCCUGAGACAAAGAAGAUGAAGCAUAGAAAAAGAAGAGGAAAAAAAAAACAUGAGAGGAAGGUAGAGAUGGCAAGACUGAAUUGUUUUUCAUUUUAUAGAGAGGAAAUCUGCAGAUGGCUGAGUAACAUAGGGACAUGGGUGGAUUGUAAAGAGCAGCCAUUAGGCGAUCAAUUAUUUAGGAUGGGUUUUUGAUGGAUGUCCAGCUGGAGAAAUGUAAGCAGACCUGAUUCUGUUAAAACAGAAGCAGCUGUAUUUAUGCACAAGCUUGAAUUAAGCAUCUUCAGAAUUUCAUUUCUGUGCAGAUUGUGCCAUCCAACUUUUAUUUUUAUUUUUUCAUUUGAACCAAAGUCUAAUCUUCGUCAUCAACACCCUAUGAAGUGCCUCCUUCCGUGGUUAAUGUGUUCCUGUUCUGCCAGAGCGAUUAGUGUAGGCGGUUCUUUUAAACACACAUGGUGCUGUUUUUGGUUCCUGUUCUGUUAAAAAAAACAAACAAAACUCUCUGAACUCAGUACGGGAAGAGGGAAACAAGAAACGUUAAUAUCCUAAAGCUGAUCAUCUCCAUUGUAAUAAAACAGCUCAGCUCUGAACACUUGAGACAUCCUGAAACAGCGUGGAGCUUUUGUACUAAAGUGACAGUCUGUCUCUUUCUCCAAGGAGGUUUUAGCCUUUUUUUUUUUUUUUUUUUUUAAAUCUGUAGCCAGAUAACUAGCAACAGGGCUCCAUCAGGCCUUCAAACUUGGACACAUGCUCUGUUAGAGGACAGAUUUGCCACGUCUUUGAAGUUAAAGAACUUGAAUAUAUUACACACAGCUCCAUUUAGAUAAAUGUCCUCCUCUUGCUGCCAUUAGCACCCUGACAGUAGUUUUGCUCAGAGAUGCAACAGUCAGAGUUUAUCGAUCUGUUUUGUAUAACUUUGACCCGCCAAUACUGCUGUGAUCGGACGUCAGUGUCUCAUGUUGGGUGCGCGUGCACCGUCAUGCACGGUAAUUGAGAGCAAUCACACCACAACUGGGUUUUUACCGGCAUUCCAAAACCAGAACCAAAGCACGGCAGACUGAGGUUGAAGCUCGGGAAGUCUCGCUCUCUCUCGCUCUCUCGCAGCUCAAUGUUGCUUCUCACAGUUGCUGCAGCUGCACUGAAAGGUGCUGCUGUCAGUGCAGCCUGUUCUUUGCUUACAUGCCGUGCGUUCACUGAUGGGGAGAAUAUUUUUGAGUAUCCGACCUGACGAUCAAGCAGAAAAUCGGCCUUAAUUGCUGAUUUCUCGGUGCAUCUCUGCUUUUGUUCUGCUUUAGCAAGCCACAAUCUUGUAAACCAUAACUCCAUGAUCCAUUAAGACCUAUACUGUACUUUCUUUUUUACUAACUAAUA